UUUGUUACUAGUAUUUUCCAGAUAAGCUAAGUUUCUAUAAAUAUAUCGAUAUUCCCAUCAAAGGCUAAUCCUAAAAGCCACCCAGAAUCUGUUGUGUCAUAUCCAAUUAAUAAGUUUUGAUAAUCUGUGACAAUGUGCUUUGUGUUUGUUUGCGAUGAAGAUGAAAGGGUUGUACGAAGAGAGAAAGCAAAAGGUGUUUGCCCUUACUGUGGAGGAAUGAUUCAAGCUGUGGAUGUAGAGAGCCAGUGGAGACUCUUUUUUAUUCCCAUUUCAUUCAAAACUAAACGUAAAUAUUAUUGUACCCUCUGUCUUAAGUGUUUGGUACUUUAGUAAUCUAUCUCUAUGUUGUAUGUAAUUUGAUUUUAUUAUCUUCUUGGCUUUCCUUAGAUCUAUAAAAUACUCUUUAUGUUAAUUUUUUUCUUUUUUUAAUCAUAUGAUUUUUGUCAA